GCCACGCUGGUCAUCUUACCGCUGGCGCUGGUGCUAGGAGCGGGAUUGAAUCGAACGGAGUGGUUUGUGGUGGGAAGCGGUUCCAGUUACUGUAAAUACCAUGUGUAGGAAAGUACCGGGAAAACAAUGAAAACCAAAAAAACUAAAGCGGUGAAACUCGGAAAGAAAAGCAAAGGAAUUAGUGAUGUCUUGCCAUCUACUAGUCUGCCACCACUUGUUGAAGGCCAGGUUCAAUAUUUUCUAAGGGUAACAGUUAGUAAAAUCUUGUGGAUCAUUCCCAGGCCUCCAGCCGCCCCACUUGUUAGACUGCACUGGUGGGGUGAAACCUCCUGUGGUACCCUGUUUCGACCUGGAGAUGUUUCACAUGCUGAACGGAAAUCUUUGAAAACGACUGCACGAUAUGCUGUUCGUUGUGGAUUAAAACAAUUCACCUCUUAUCUCACAGAUAUGGGAAUAUUGGUAUUGGAGGUGAUGGAAAAACCUGACCAUCUUCCUAUUGGCCGAGUUGAAAUUAAUGGAAUACCACAGCUUUCAACAACCCAUGGGAUUAGUGGGUUCUUCAAAAUGCUUUCACCCACCUCUGAGAAACUUGGAGAAGUACAGGUGUCACUUGCUCUGGAACCUCUGUCAGACAUUUGCGACAGCAGCAGCAGUUCUGUGCCAAACACAGACACGAGUAUGGAUGGUGCAGUUUCUGUCCAAAGCUCUGCGGUAUUGCAUAGUUCAAAGGCAGGAUCUUUUGAAAAUCUCGUUGAACUUCCUCCUCACAAAUCAUCCAUAACUGUUGCAAGUAGAAAAGAGUUGCUGCAAAGUAGCACCUGUAAUACCCCAAGAGGAAGAGACCAUGUGUAUUUCCAGGAAAAUGCCAAAAUUACUCAGACUGUUUCAUCUGAAAAUAAGCAGUCCCUGAGUUCAGCCUCUAUUGCUCCUGCUGAGGCAUUUGAGGCUGGUAACAAGCAGACUGCAGCACGAGUAUUGCUAACAGAUAACCAAUCCUCCAAAAACCUUAUUUCAGUUCUAUUGGACCGAGGCAGCAAACUACGAAAUGCGAUGGUGGUUUCUGCUAUGCAAACUGUUCCUGACAGUGUAUCUGCAUUGGUGGACAUUCCUUAUGUGGAUCCGUAUCAGGACGUUAGCAAGCCAAUAUCGAAAAAAGCGUCUCCUUCAGGAAAAUUGCUUGACAACUUACCAGUAUCUGAAGCUACUUCCAUAACCAAAGCUUCUUUAUUGCCUUCCCCUGAGCACCCAUUAAAAGAAGUCCAUCCAAACACAGACGCCACAGCUAUCAAGUUACUCCUCGGGAGCACUGACUCUAUCCCUCUUCAUUACUGGGAUGGCCUGGGCUCUCCUCCAGAGUCUCUAUCUGCAGGAAACAGUGUUUUAGAUGAAAGUGAACUGAAUGAUCCUCAUUAUGAUCAGAGCCUGUUGGAACAUCUCUUCUACAAGAAUUCUAAAUCUGAAAGUAGUGCUAGUGACUUUACUAGUGAAGAUGAGGAGUUGGACCUCUCAAAGGAAAAACUGAAACAGCAGUCUCUUUGCAAAGCUGAUAUGCAUAAUCAGCACAGUCUAUCCCAUAAUGCUUCAGAUCACAAUGUUACUAAUUUGAAUCAAAAUGGGGAAGGACAGAGUACCAG